CAUCAUUAUUAAACGUAGCAUUCGCAUAUUCAGCUUUAUUUUUUUCCCUUGGACUCAGACUUCGUCGCAGCCUUUGCUCGUGUGGAGAUCAUGCGACAGAAGGAAAAAGAAAAAAAGAAAAAACCAAAAAAUGCUCUUGGGCUGCCGCAAAAGAUAUUCUGCUCAUCCAUUCAAUGAUUUCCUUUCAUUCUUUAUAUUUUACUCGUCUCUCUUUUUUUAUUCCUUACUCUCUCCCUUUCCUUUUCCUCCACACUCCACCCCCGUUACGUCUUUUUUUAUUUUAUUUUAUUUUUCAUUGUUAUUGUUACUAUUCUGAAUGACCAUUUGCUAAAGACUCCGUUUUAACCAAGAUAAUUAUAAAGAAAAGAAAAGAAAAGAACAUAAAAAAAAAAAAAAUCAAUUUCUAUACACGUCUAUCCUCUCUUUCCACCUCUCUUUUUUUAUAUAUUUUUCUGAAUCACACAACCAUGGGAGGAAUCAUCUCAAGG